GAAUGUGUGUUCACUCUGUAGGAACGGUCAUCUGUACUCAGGCGCCUCUCUUGUGAGUGUUUUAAAUGUUUACUGUAUUUAGGCUCAGUUGAUCAUUAAAUAAACGCUAGACGUUUGUGUUUGUCUCAAGUUUUAAUCAAGUGAUUCAGUGAUCUUUAGUCCUUCAAAAAGGGAAGCUUUUAAAGGGAUUAUUUUUUCACAUAGUUCAAAAUCAAUGAAAUGCUGGCAUUUUUCGUAUAUUCAAGGUUAUGCACCACUAUCAGUGUUAGGAUCAAGUUUUCACAAAAGUGUUUUACUUUCUUGCUUCUAUACUAUCUCAUCAGUUAUCAAUUUUCUUAGCUAAAUCAAGUUCUUAACAAGGCAUAAUGGCAAUGCCCAAGAAAAUUCCCAGAAAUCAUAAUAUUCAGGUCUUUCGACCUACUAUUGAACAAUUUAAAGAUUUUAAUGGAUUGAUCAAGCACAUGGAAGAGAAAGGCGCACACCGCGCCGGAAUAGCAAAAAUCAUUCCACCGCCAGAAUGGAAACCAAGGAAAGACAAUUAUAACCAUGAAGAAAUUGAGAAAAUUAAAAUACCUGUUCCAAUUCAGCAGCAUUGCGAAGGUGAUAAUGGGCUGUAUUUUGUUUACAACUAUAUUAAAAAACCUAUCACUGUUUCAAAAUUUAAAAAAUUGUGCGAAAAAAACAUAAAGACUCCUAAAGAUCAUUCAUUAGCAGAAAAAUGCUAUUGGAAAAACAUACAAAAGAAUCCUCCCACUUAUGGAGCUGAUGUAUCAGGAACUAUCACAGAUGACGACUGUAAAUAUUUUAAUAUAGCAAAGCUUGGAACAAUUCUUGACAUUGUUGAGCAGGAUUAUCAAACAAAAAUUGAAGGAGUUAAUACAGCAUACCUCUAUUUUGGUAUGUACAGAAGUAUGUUUCCUUGGCAUACGGAAGACAUGGACCUAUAUUCAAUCAAUUACAUCCAUUUUGGUGCACCAAAAACUUGGUAUGCCAUACCACCAGAACAUGGAAGACGUUUUGAAAGAUUAGCAGCAGCUUUCUUUCCCCAAGAAGCUGCAAAUUGUCAGUCAUUUUUAAGACACAAAUCCACUGUAAUAUCUUUGGACAACAUUGAAAAAUAUGGUAUUCCGUAUGAUACUAUAAUUCAAAAGGAAAAUGAAAUCAUUAUUACGUUCCCAUAUGGGUACCACGCAGGCUUCAAUCAUGGCUAUAAUUGUGCAGAAUCAACAAAUUUUGCUUCAGAAAGAUGGAUUGACUAUGGUACACGAGCUACACUUUGUUGCUGCAAAAGUUCUGAUGAUGUUGUAAAAAUAUGUAUGAAAACAUUUGUGCAACGUUUCCAACCAGAAAAAUUUGAUAAAUGGUGUGCUGGUCUUGAUGAUGGAAGGCAUCCAGAACACCACGAAAGAUCUUUCGCUGGUCCAGAGUCCCUACGUAUAGUGUUGAAUGAAAAAAAUAGAUCACACCGACUUAUACCCAAAGGCCCAAUUCUGCAAGAAAUAAAUUACUGUCCAAAUAUAAACUUUACAUUUGAUUCUGAUUAUGACCAAAGUGACGAAGAAGAAAAUGAUAUAGCGAAUUUAGAGUUCUUGGAAAUACCUCCUUCCCCAUCAAAGGAAACACCUUACAAAAAACCAACAAAUAGAAUCGCUCCAAAAAAAAAUUGCAGAAUGAAAAGAACCAAACAAAGUAGAUCAUCUAUAACGAAUAAAAGAAAAAAAGCAAUGGAAUCUACAGGUGGAAAAAAAAGAAAAUUAAGCAAAACCAUUGAAAAGAACCAUACCAUAGAAAUUAACGAAAAUUUGCUGCAUGGAGUUAAUGGAAAUAAUAUUAUUCUGCUUAAGAAUGAAAGAAAAAGUUUAGAUAAAGAAGCAUUCGCAGCAGAAUAUGUAAAAAGUGAACCAUUGACAGAAAUGCAGAUAGUUACUACAGAACCACAAGAAUUUCAAUGGCCAAAACAUUUAGAAGAUAUUUUAGCUCCAGAUCCAAGUUUAGAACUUUUGCAAAAGUUCAACACAUAUUGGAGUGGUUUUUUACCUCACUGUAGUAUGUGCGCUAAAUUGUCUAUUAUUGGACAUAAAAGUAGUGCACCAAUGGAAAAUGAUUGGCAUUCUUAUGGAAAUUCCAUUGAGGAAUCACAAUUUUUAAAUAAAACACCUGCAUUAAUCAAUUCCAAAGUAUUAGCUUCUAAUUCAUUGAAUGAUAAAGAUAAGCCACUUGAUCAUUUUUUCGAAUUCAGUGUUCCUAAUGAAGAAAGAGCACUCAUAAAAUGCAAGCACUGCUUAUUAACUGUUCAUGAUAGAUGCUAUGGAGUACAGAUUGUGUCCAAAAAUACUCAAGAUUGGUUGUGCGAUCCAUGUUAUAACGCUAAAACGUUGGAGGCUACUUGUUCUUUUUGUCCAGUUAAAGGCGGUGCGUUAAAACGCGCUACCAAUGGACAAUGGGUUCACGUUUUGUGCGCUUUAUUUUCAGGGGCAGAAUUUAAAGAAACAAACACACUGGAACCGAUUAAUGUGAUCGACAUUUUACGACAAAAAGAUAGAUGUAAAAAAUGCAAAUAUUGUCAUAAACAAGAAGGGAUACUGGUGAUGUGUGAAGAAAUAGAUUGUAACGAAGAAUUCCAUUUUAUGUGUGGAGUACUUACAGGAGCAGAGUAUUCGAUACCAAUAAAUAGCUUCAAACGCACAAUCAGAUGUAAUGCACACAAAAUAGAAAAAAGAUUCCCCCCUUUGCGGAUUGCGCAAAAAGCACUCGGUAAAUCCAAAAAUACCAGAUACUAUGAAGUAUUGAUUGAACAGUUCGAACACAGUUUUUGCUCCAAGGUGACCUUUGAGAAUGGCAGUACGUGUAAAGAUUUACCCCUAAAGGAUAUCAUAGAAUACGCCAAUACAGGGAAAAUACCUGAAAUCGGCUCCUCUGUUGAAGUUCAGUGGAAAAAAGAUGUUACAUAUACGGCAACAUUUGAGGGAAUUGAACACAACAUUUUUUACAGUAUUCGAUUCGAUGAUGGAAGCGUUUUGAAAAAAAAUAGAUCUCACAUAUAUCGUUUAGAUGAAGACAUACCAGAAAAGGUCAAACGUCUUUGGUCGAGAGCUACGGAAAUGCAACAUCCAGAAAUGUUUUAUGGAAGUGGCUUAACCAAUUCUGCCCAGAGAAAAUCAAAAAGACCAGUAAAACUGUAAAUAGAUAAAAAAUUAAGUGUUUCGUGAAAUCGUCCGCGAGUCAUUUGUAGUAGCCCGAGUAUUCAGAAUUUAUAAAUAUGCUAGGCAAUUAUUUGAACUCCAAUUGAAUAAGUAAGUUUAAAACAAAUUUUGUAAUACUCGUUGGUACCUAAAAAUGUUGUAUAAAUUACUUAAGGUACCAAGAAAAAUAAUUUUUAUUUAAGUUUAAUUAUGAAUAUGUAAAUUUAUACUUUAGUUUAGAUCAUUUUUGUACUAAAAAAAUUUAUCCAAAAUUAAUAAUUCAAUUUAAACGUUAUUUUUUAACAUAUUGAAUAGACGCGCUUCAAACAUAGAUUUUUAAAAUUUUUGUUUCUUUGCUGAGUUGUAUACCUUCUCUGAUAGCAUCAAGUAUUAUAAAGUGUGACUAUUUCAUAGGCGUGUUUGCAUAUAAAUAUUAUAAAUGAACUCAAGGCUCCAAUAGAUGCUUCGUUGUCCAUUUUAGUCUUUAAAACCGCAAACGUAUUAAAUUAUUCGUUGAUCUUCCUGUACAAAUUAAAAAAAAUUAUUCGAAAAGUGACGUGUAAAAACACUAAAGCAUGACUGUGACAAAAGUUAAAUUUUAAAGUGCAAAUAUCAAUUUAAUUUAUUGCACUCAUCAAAUUAUGUAAUAAUUAUAAUUGUAAUAUAUAAACGCAAUUAAAUGUUUAUUGUCCCAUAACUGAAAAUCAGUCUUUCAGAUCAUGUGUAAAUAGUCAUUAGCUGUAAUUAUUCUUGUUAUAAGAUUUGUGUUCAAUAAAGAUUUAUAUAAAAAAUU